AUGCUGAAGUCAAGGUACGCUCUCAUGAUGCUAGAAUUCUUUCGAUCAGUACAGAACGCCUGCAAGUUGGCUGUUCUAACGCUUCUUUUAGAAUCAGUCUUGUCACACCCCUCUGGUCCCGUUGUCCCAAAAUCUGUUGUGUCUACUGCGCGGGAGCGCAUAAAUAUCAAUCAUGACUGGAAGUUUUCGCGGUUUGCCUCAAACCCCGACUCUUUAUCUUAUGAUCCUACGUUGAAACCCUGGAUCCUCCCUUCGGCCAACAAUUUUAUUGUUAACGGGACCAAAUACGAGCGGCCCUCUGGUACGCCCCCUGGCAGUAAUGUUGAAUAUGUUCAAGCAAACUUCGACGAUUCAUCAUGGGACAGCGUGACCCUGCCUCACGAUUGGGCAAUCAAGGGUCCUUUUGGUGCACCUGACAUCAGUGGUGGCAUGGGACGAUUGCCAACCAACGGGAUUGGAUGGUAUCGCCGUAACAUCACAAUUGCGGAGAGUGAUGUUGGAAAGUCUAUAUUCCUUGAUGUUGAUGGCGCACAAUCUCACGCCAGUGUCUGGCUCAAUGGUGUUAUUGUGGGUGGUUGGCCCUAUGGUUAUUCCUCGUUUCGACUCGACCUGUCACCGUACGCCCAAGUUGGCGAUGAAAACCUUCUUGCCGUCCGGCUUGAGAAUGCCGUCGACUCGUCACGUUGGUACCCAGGAGCCGGCAUUUAUCGCAACAUCUGGCUUGUCAAAGUCAACCCAGUCCAUGUUGACCAGUACGGCACGCAAAUCACGACACCGUCUGUCUCAGCAGAAGAAGCGACAAUUCAUCUCGGCGUGGAUGUUGCAAACGAAGGGAAUUCCAGCCAGGAGUUAGUCGUUAGAACGGACAUUUACCCUGCUGAGAGUGGCGAAAUAGUGGCGAAAUUUCCAGAAACGACUAUUCAAGUUGCCGCAGGAACAAAGCAGUCGGUAGAAAACUCCGUUACUGUCUCGAAUCCAUUGCUAUGGGGCCCACCUCCGGCUCAAACACCAAACCUGUACCGAGCUGUGACGACCCUAUCCGUCGGCAAUGGGUCAGUCAUUGAUCAGUACGAGACACAAUUCGGCAUUCGCUCUGUCAACUUCGAUGCAACAAAUGGACUCAUCGUUAACGGACAGGCUGUACGAAUUAGAGGCACCAACAAUCACCACGACCUGGGAAGCUUGGGAGCGGCUUUCAAUGAGAGGGCGGCUGAACGACAACUUCAAAUUCUCCAGGAAUUAGGAUGUAAUACUCUUCGCAUGUCACAUAAUCCCCCAGCACCUGAGUUCCUCGAUCUAGCAGAUCGUCUGGGCUUUUUAGUCAUGGACGAAACGUUCGAUGCCUGGAACGUGGCCAAGGUACCGAACGACUACCACCUGCUAUUUCCUGACUGGCACGAGCCUGAUACGCGAUCUCUUGUCCGCCGUGAUCUCAAUCAUCCCUCCGUGAUACUUUGGAGUAUCGGAAACGAGAUCCCCGAGCAACGAACCGCUGAUGGCGCUGAGACUGCCCGAGUACUGCGCGAGAUUGUCCACAGCGAGGACCCAUCACGACCAGUGACCAUGUCAUUCGACCAGGCGCAGCCGGGCGACACUGUCGCUGAUUUGAUGGAUGUUAUCAGCCUGAAUUAUCAAGGCGAGGGUCGGGGGACUUCGUGGGCUAGCGUCUUCCCUGGAUUCCACGACACGUACCCGGACAAGUUGAUAUGGACUAGUGAAAGUUCAGCAGCAGUGAGUACACGGGGCACAUACAUCUUUCCAGUUGUGGGCAACAAAAGUCAAAUUGUCAGUGACGGCCAGGGAGGAAAUUCGACCUCGUUGCAGAUCAGCUCGUACGAGCUAUAUGCCCCAGUUUGGGCGACGGGGCCAGACAAGGUCUUCACUCAGCAGGACACGUAUCCUUAUGUUGCAGGCGAGUUUGUUUGGAGUGGAUUUGAUUACCUUGGAGAACCAACUCCAUACGAUUCUUUCCCGCUCGCACGUAGCUCGUACUUUGGGAUUAUCGAUGUGGCUGGGUUCAAAAAGGACAGGUUCUAUCUCUACCAGUCACGAUGGCGGCCCGAUCUACGAAGCGCGCACAUCCUGCCGCACUGGAGCUGGUCCGACCGUGUCGGCGAAAUAACGCCUGUUCAUGUGUUCUCAUCUGCUGAUGAAGCAGAGUUGUUUGUCAAUGGAAAAUCGGCUGGCCGCCUGAUAAAGGAACCUCUCACUUACCGCUUUCGCUGGGACAAUGUCACCUAUUCACCCGGCGAUCUCAGAGUCGUAACAUACAAAAAUGGAGACGUGUGGGCGGAGGCAACCAAGAGAACUGUCGGUCCCGCCGAGGGACUCAACGCGACAGCUGACCGUACAACAAUCACAGCUGAUGGGUAUGACCUGUCAUACAUCACGGUGGCAGUGACCGACGGCUUGGGCGACAUUGUACCCUACGCAAGCGAUAGCAUCACGUUCUCCAUCUCCGGCCCAGGUGAGAUUGUGUCUACCGACAAUGGUAGUCCCUCGGACCAGACACCAUUUCCAUCUCUGACGAGAAAGGCUUUCAGUGGUCUAGCUUUGGCCGUAGUGCGCACAACGGCUGGACAAGCUGGAGAAAUCACAGUCUCGGCGGCGGCAGACGGUCUGACGUCGGCUCAAGUCACUUUACUUUCUGUGUAA